AUGCAGGACAUCACGGUGUCGAACACACUAGUAGACUCCAAUGCCAACGUAGAGCUGGCCGACUUUGGCAUCUCGGCCUCCAUGUACGGGGUCACAGCAGGUGCAAUAACGGCAACGCCAACAGCUGCAGAAGCACAGCUUGACCGACCUGAUUUGACAAACCGAAAUUCCUUAAAAAGAGUCGCGGAAGGUGGGCAAGGGGAGUUUAGUAGCGGGGAAAGGUCAACAAUGCUGGACUGGCUGGUGAUUGUGGAGGCGAUCUUGGAUGUCCAUAGUCGGAAAAUUGCAAGUAUGAUUGCUCUCCACCAUUUCAUGAUCUACCUGUUCAUCAUUCACCUGUUCCAUUCGAACAGGUGGAGAGGUUGA